CAGCUGGCGGCCGGGGGAGCCACCCUUCCUUUGCACACAUGCUCGUAUCCCGAUACGAGUUAGAAUUACACUUAUUUUAUUCUCAUCACUGUUUUAAUCGAUGCUGCUUAGGUUGGGUGUCUUUACAGCAAAACGAAGACGAUAAAGCCAUUGCUGAACGGUUUCGUCUUUCAGGGUUAAUAACAUUAUUGCAAUCACUUCUGGAGACGGGCGGGCCACUAUGUGAUGCGUUUUUGUACUGACGUCUCCCGGGGCUUUAUGUGUUUUGUGAUACCUUGUAAUUAUCCAAGUCAAUCAAUACCUGGAGCAGUAAUACGUUUCCAAGGCUGUAACCUGUAUGCAGACAAAUGGAUUAACAUCUUCCAGUUAAGUGAAGACGCAAUACCUAUUGUUUGGAAAGGAAACUGUAUAUGAUCUGUUGUACUGUGCUGGCCAUUUUAUGUCAAGGUAAAGCAGAGGAAACUUGGACAGCAAGCAAACCUACAGAGUGACCAGAAAAUAGUCCACAAAUUUGACGCUUGUAACAUAACAGGGAUAUCCAAAUAAGCAUGGCGGAUCGGCGAAAAAUGAGGAAGUAUCUUAUGCUCUUUGCAGCAGCUUUUGUGACUGCCUUCUUCAUUUCAUAUAGUAUGUCAAUAAAAACAAGGCAGACUUUACUGAUGUACAGAAAAUCAGUUGCUUCUAAUACAUCCUAUGCAGGAGAUGUGACUGUUAGCUAUCCACUAAACUUUGUGUAUCCUUACAAAUACAAUUUUAUUCUAAAUGAGCCUGACAAGUGUAAGACCAAUGAUCCAUUCCUUCUUAUUCUAAUUCCAACACGGGCAAAUGAGAUUGAACUAAGGAGUGCUAUCCGACAGACAUGGGGUAAUGAAAGCCUUGUACCUGGUGUCAAAAUUGUAAGGCUGUUCUUGGUUGGGAUUCCUACACAAAUUACAGAUCCUUACCAAAGUGUUCUUCAGGAGGAAAGCUCAUUAAAUCAUGAUAUUAUUCAACAAGACUUCAGGGACAGCUAUAUCAACCUAACCAUCAAAACCAUGAUGGGGUUACAAUGGAUGGUCACCUUUUGUCCAAAAGCCUCUUAUGCCAUAAAAAUUGAUGGCGACAUGUUUCUGAAUACUGAAUAUUUAGUUAAAUUCCUUGAUCCAGGAAGACCAAUGAGAGAGAACUAUUUCACAGGUUAUGUGGUAGCAGGAACUCGUCCAAUCCGAAGUAAACUUUACAAGUAUUAUGUUCCUUUUGAGCUAUAUGAACCCGAUUAUUAUCCUCCAUAUUGUGGUGGACCAGGCUAUGCAUUUUCUGGAGAUAUGGCAAAGAAGAUAUAUGAUAUAGCACACAUUAUUAAACCUUUCAAUAUGGAGGAUGCUUUCAUAGGGGUGUGUCUGGAAAGACUGGGAAUCCAGAUAACAAAGACUCCAACUUCCCUCUUCCAUGGACAUAAAAUAGACUACAACAAAUGUCGUUUCUAUACGUUAAUUACUGUUCACCACUUUAGUGCCAAAGACCUUCUGCAGAUAUGGCCAGACUUUGUGACCGCAAAGGACACAUGCCCACCUAACAAAAGCUAUUAGACUAAAUGUUUGUAAGAGGUUUAACAUGUGAGAAACCUAUGAAGAAUAGCACUCACCCAUCAGAGUCUGAAAGUCCCAUAAAAAUUAAGACAAAUGCACAAAAAACUUAUGUAAUUGUGAUAAGCAGUACAAGUCAUAAAAAAAAACUGUAUUGUUGAAUGAAACAUGGAUUCAUUGGAAGAUGAAUUUAAAACCUAAUUUUCAGUGGUAACAAGUACUGAUCAUGAAGGACAUAUGUUCCAGUCAUUUGCACAAUUUUUUAGAAGUAUUUAUAAAUACUUCUCUAAAACAUUACUGUUGGUUCUCUUGGUUGCUGUCUUGGUUGCUGUCUUUAUGUUGUCAGUGCAUUCCCUUCAAUUAACAAAUAAAUAAAUAUAUUAAUGAUUUUA